UUUAUAGGCAAUUUAUGAAGAUGUUUUCCACAAAUUAUGCAAAAUGUGCGCAAAGAAAAUCAAACAUAAUUUCUUUAAUUCAAUGCAAUUUAUUAGGUUAUAUUAAAGGUUAUCAAAAUUAUUCAAAGUGUUCCAAUUCUGAUAAUUUACCAAGUCAGGCCCAAGUCGUGAUAGCAGGAGCUGGGGUAGUUGCAAACUCCAUAGCGUACCACUUGGUUUGCAAUGGUUGGCAAGAUGUUUUAGUUUUGGAACAGGAAGAAAUAGGCAGUGGAACAUCUCAUUUUGGAUCAGGCACGUUAGGAUUACUUAAGCCAACUGCCAUGCGAAAUAUUAUAAAAUACAGUAUCGAUUUGUAUCAAAAAAUGCAGAAAAUGGGCUAUGAAAUAGGGCUUCAACAAUGCGGUAGCAUAGCUCUUGCACAAACUAAAGAUCGCCUUAUUGCAUUGCAAAGGAGAAUGGCCUAUAAUUUACCUACAGGUCUUCGAUGCGAAUUAAUUGAUAAAACACAAAUAAAUAAUUUGCACCCUUAUCUCCACACAGAAGAUAUAGAAGGUGCUGUAUGGAUUCCAGACGAUGCUGUAGCAGAUUCUCAAGCAAUUUGUAAGGCAUUGGCUGAUAUGGCUAUUAAAGGUGGUGCAAAUUAUAAAGAGUAUUGUAAGGUUCUAGAAGUUUUAACUGCUAAUAAUGCUAUUAGCGCAGUCAAUACUGAUAAAGGCACAGUGCAAUGCGAGUUUUUUAUUAAUUGUGCAGGCAUGUGGGCGAGAGAUUUAGGCCUAAAAUGCAAUCCACCAGUUCGUAUACCGGCAUAUCCUGCUGAACAUUUUUAUGCCACAACUGGCCCAUUAGGUUUCACUAGUGAAACAUAUUUGCCUUGUGUAAGAGAUUAUGAUAGCCAUUCCUAUGCUAGGGAGUACAAUGGCGGCUUGAUGAUAGGCUGGUUUGAGCAGGAUGCUAAGCCAGCAUUUGCAGAUAAAUCAGUCCCUGAAAAGUGGAAAGACCAUGUUGUGCAGGACUUCAAGCAUUUUAAACCGCUAUGGGAACGAGCUGUUCGUCGAUUUCCGAUUCUACGAGAUUCUUCAACUCUUCCCAUUUUAACCAAUUCUCCAGACAACUUCACUCCUGAUGGAAGAUGGAUUUUGGGCGAAACAGCGGAAGUAAAAAAUUAUUUUGUAGCAUGUGGCCUUAAUGGAAAUUCUCUCCAAGGUGCUGGUGGUAUUGGUAAAGCUGUUGCCGAAUGGCUAAUAGAAGGUCAUCCAACACAAGAGUUGUUAACAUUUAACGUUCAAAGAUUCCUCGAUUUGCAUAAUAAUCGCCAGUACUUACAAAAGCGAACCAGAGAAGUAGUGGGAAGGCAUUACUCAAUAUUAUAUCCACAUCAGUGUGAAUACAAAUAUGCAAGAAAGCUUAGAUGUUCCCCUUUAUACAGUGUAUUAGAGAAAAGAGGUGCGGUUUUCGGAAUCAAAAUGGCUUAUGAAAGGGCAUUGUACUUUGAUCCAAAUUAUAAACGUGGAGAUCCACUACCGCAGAUGCCACCCGGAAGCUUUUACAAACCUAAAUUUUUUGAUUUUAUGAGAGAAGAGUAUCUUGCCUGUAGAGAAGGUGUUGGUAUAAUAGAUAUGUCAUCAUUUUCAAAAAUAACUAUAAAGUCAAAUACAAAUGCAGUGGUUGAAUAUUUAGAAAAAAUGUGCUCUAAUGAUAUAAAUAUACCAGUAGGAUCAAUUGUGCAUACGGGAAUGCAAAAUGAGCAAGGUGGCUAUGAAAAUGAUUGUAUAUUGGUUCGGCAAAGUGACGACUGUUUUUUCAUGGUUUCACCUUCAAGUCAACAAACUAGGAUAUAUGGCUGGAUGAACCGACAUUUGCCUAGUGACCAUUCAGUUUGCCUAAAUGACGUUACUUCAAUGUAUACUGUAAUUAAUGUUGUAGGACCAAAAGCAACUCAGCUCUUAAGUGAACUUUCCAAUUCAAAUAUAAAUUUGGCGCCUUUCACAUACAAGAAGGUUAAUGUAGGGUAUGCAUCAGAUGUUAUGGUAAUGUCCUUCACGCAUACAGGUGAACCUGGAUUUUGUCUGUAUGUGCCAUCAGAAUAUGCUUUGCAUAUUUAUGACAGACUUAUGAGCGUUGGUCGCGAUUAUGGCGCAAGGGAUGUAGGAACUUUAACACAAAGAUUUAUGAGAAUUGAAAAGUUUAUACCUUUUUGGGCAGAGGAAUUGACCAGUUUCACUACUCCGUAUGAAGCAGGAAAUGGUUAUAGCGUCAAACUAGAUAAAGAAUAUUUUAUUGGAAAAUCUGCUUUGUUAAGACAAAAGGAACAAGGAUGUACGAAACGUUUAGUGAUGUUUCAACUUCAAGACAUAGACUGUGAUAAAGAUAUAUGGCCUUGGGGCGGCGAGCCCAUUUAUAGAAACAAUGAAUAUAUGGGAACAGUUACUUCUGCAGGAUAUGGCUUCACAACAAAUAAGCUGAUUUGCCUAGGAUAUUUACAGAAAUACAAACCAAAUACCCCAGCCAUAUUGAAUGAUAAAUUUAUUCUGGACAAAGAAGCAAAAUAUGAAAUUGAUAUUGCUGGAAAAAGAUUUACAGCAAGAGCACAUUUACAUGCGCCUUUGUUCCCAAAUCAAAAUUUAGGAUCAUAUUCAAGAUAUAGGCCUACAGUUGCUAUUUCAAAAACAAUAUCUGCUCAGAGAACUGAAUAA